CCAGCUGAUUAAUCUUCAUCUUCAUUAUUUUCAGAGAUCUCAUAUUUUGUAGAGAGAGAGAGAGAAAUGGAUGCCAUUGACUCAGUGUUCGAUCCUCUGAGGGAGUUCUCCAAGGACAGCAUCCGUCUAGUGAAGCGUUGCCACAAGCCCGAUCGGAAAGAAUUCUCGAAGGUGGCUCUCCGUACGGCGAUUGGGUUUGUGGUUAUGGGAUUCGUGGGCUUCUUUGUGAAGCUAAUCUUCAUCCCCAUCAACAAUAUCAUCGUCGGAUCUGGUUAGGUCAUUUUGUUAGGUGCAAGAAAGAAAGGAAAUGGUAAAAAAAAACACUACUACAAUGGACAAAGAUCUAGCCCUAGUACAUUUUCGUGUUCACUGGUUAAACUAGUUGUUUUUUGUAUGGCAGUCCUUUACUUUCUUUAAGAGAGUACUUGUUUUGUUUGGUGCUUUGUAAUGUUAAUUUGAUUGUAAUCCAGACACUAAUCAUUUGACAUUAAACAUAGGAGUUAUUUUAACUUUGAGAAA